AUGCAUGAUGGAGCAGGACUGAAUGCGUACAACGCAGAAAAUUUCAAUAGGAAAAAGAUGCCAAAGGCAAAAACAAAAAGAGAUUCCAAGAAAGUACCAGGAGGACAUGAAGCCAAGUUGCAGUCUGAAAGAAAAUUUUUAUCUCCUGAUGAGCCAGAUGUGUCAAGCAUUUUGAAAGUUCCUGGAAUUGAGCAAACAGAAGAGUCUGAUGAUGUAUUUGACCUUCCAUUACAUAGCACUGCUGUGUCUGACUAUGAGGAGGAAGAGGAGGAGGAGGAGAAGAAGGAAAAGUGGAGAAGAGUCAGGAUUCAGAACCGGGGGCUCAAUAGUAAUUCUUCUCAUUCUGAACCAGAAAAGAAAAAUACAAGACAAAGCAAAAAUCAGGAUACUGUGAAAUCAAGGGUGGAGAGAGAAGAUUCAGAAAAGAACCCUUUGAUGGAGAACAAGAUAUUUAGGACGAGUGGAAAAUCCCAAAGAAAGCAGAAGAAGGCUUUACCAGAGAUGGAAGAGGAUGAUCAUUCAGGUGAUCCACAUUUGUUUAAAGUUUGGAUACCCAAAGGGCAGAAAAAAGGUGCCAGGCGUAUCACAGAAAUUGAUGUUAUUCUGAAUGAAUUUGAAAAAGUAACAGCAAAAUACAAAGGAGGAGUGGAACUGGAGAUAUGUAGGGAAGCUAUUGAUAGCUUUUCUAAUGGGUUCAGAGAUCAUCUCAUCAACACUAUUGCAGAUGCUGAAGAACUAAAAAACACCAAACUAAAAAAUAUGAAGAUGGUCAGAGAAACAAAUAAGAAAAGGCAGCGUUUGAUAGAAGUUAAAGAAGAACUAAUUAGAACAGAGCCACAGUUGAAGAAGCUAGAGCGAGAACAUGCUGAAGUAAAAGAAAAAAUAUCAUCUCUUAGGAAUGCAAUGAAGUUAGUCAAUGAUUUAAAGGAUCUUCAACAAAAAUAUGUUAAUGAAAUAAAGGAAAACCCACAAGAAAAUGUUGAAUAUGGCAUUUCCAGCCUUCCUGCGCUUCUGGUGGAAUCUCAAAGAAUUUUAGGAGCUGAAGGUCACUUUCGAAAUAUCAACACAAAAUUACAACAAGCUUUAAAUUUGCAGAAAAAGAAUUAGUCACACAUAAUGUGAACUACAUCCUAUACUGCCACCACUUUCCAUAGAGACUAAAAUCUAAUAAACUGUUACAUGUUGUAAAGUUGGUAAUUUUAAGCAUAACUCCAAUUGCUAGUCCCAGUGACAGUAGAUAUAUUGUCUUAAUGGAAUUUCCAUAACUUUUAAUUUGUCAUUCAAGAAAGAGAUCUAUGUAGAUGAGACUGACAAUUGAAUUUUGGCCCCAGCAUAACUUACUAUAAAGAAUAAACACUGUCAAAUACCAAAUAAAGGCAAAAGCAAACAGGAAGUAGGCCAGAUCAACUAAAUUUCAGAAACUCUUUGUUUAUCUAUUUUACUUGGAGGAAGGGACCUCAAUAGUUUAUCCCAUCAUUUGCUGCUUUAUCUAAUGGCAAGUGAUCAUUUUUUCCUGCUAUAAGAAGAAGGGGAAAAGAAUUUGUUGACUGUGGGGAAGA